AUGGCUUUCCCUGCAGGAUUUGGCUGGGGGGCAGCCAGCUCAGCUUACCAAGUGGAAGGAGGCUGGGAUGCAGAUGGAAAGGGCCCUUGUGUCUGGGACACAUUCACCCAUCAGGGAGGAGACAGAAUUUUCAAGAACCAGACUGGCGAUGUAGCUUGUGGCAGCUACACUCUGUGGGAGGAAGAUUUGAAAUGUAUCAAACAGCUUGCAUUGACUCAUUACCGCUUUUCUCUUUCCUGGUCACGUCUGUUACCUGAUGGGACGACAGGUUUCAUCAACCAGAAAGGAAUUGACUAUUACAACAAGAUCAUUGAUGAUUUGUUAGCAAAUGGGGUUAUACCCAUAGUGACCCUCUACCACUUUGAUCUGCCUCAGGCGUUAGAAGACCAAGGAGGUUGGUUGUCAGAGGCAAUCAUUGAAUCCUUUGACAAAUAUGCCCAGUUUUGCUUCAGUACAUUCGGGGAUCGAGUGAAGCAGUGGAUCACCAUAAAUGAGCCUAAUUGUUUGGCCCUGAUGGCGUAUGAUCUUGGUGUCUUUCCUCCUGGUGUACCUCACUUAGGAACUGGAGGUUACCAGGCAGCUCAUAAUAUGAUUAAAGCUCAUGCUAGAUCCUGGCACAGCUAUGAUUCCUUAUUUCGAAAAGAGCAGAAGGGUAUGGUGUCUCUAUCAAUUUUUGCUGCCUGGGUGGAACCAGCAGAUCCCAACUCAGUGUCUGACCAAGAAGCUGCUAAAAGAGCCAUCGCUUUCUGCUUGGAUUUCUUUGCUAAACCCAUAUUUAUUGAUGGUGAUUAUCCUGAAGUUGUCAAGUCCCAGGUUGCCUCCAUGAGUAAAAAGCAGGGCUAUCCAUCAUCAAGACUUCCAGAAUUUACAGAAGAAGAGAAGAGAAUGAUCAAAGGCACUGCUGAUUUCUUUGCUGUGCAAUAUUAUACAAGUUGCUUAGUCAAAUACCAGGAGAACAAGAAAGGAGAACUGGGUGUUUUCCAGGAUGUGGAGACUGAAAUUCUUACAGACCCAUCUUGGAUAAGUCUGUGUUGGGUCUACGUGGUGCCAUGGGGAAUACGUAAACUACUGAAAUACAUUAAGGAUACUUAUAACAACCCUGUAAUUUACAUCACUGAGAAUGGGUUUCCCCAGCAUGACCCCGUGUCUCUUGAUGACACUCAGCGCUGGGAGUCUUAUAGAGAGACGUUUCAGGAACUGUUCAAAGCUAUCCAACUUGAUAAAGUCAAUCUUAAAGGGUAUUGUGCAUGGUCUCUUCUGGAUAGCUUUGAGUGGAAGGAGGGGUACAGCAACCGGUUUGGUCUCUUCCAUGUUGAUUUUGAAGAUCCAGCUAGACCCCGAGUUCCUUACACAUCAGCCAAGGAGUAUGCUAAGAUCAUCCGAAACAACGGCCUAGAGGGAAAUCUAUAAAAAAUAUGUCUGGGCAAUUUCACCUGGAGAAGAGGCCUCUGCUUUUGGAAAGAAAAUCUGCUUUGGUGAUCCUUUGGAUAAACUCAAGUUGCCUUUGUAAUCAACAGCUCCUACCAAUUUAUCCAUGAUUAUGAAGUCUGAAUGUGUAAUGCCUGGGGAUGUAUUUAAUGAUGGCCUUUACUCUAUUUGCCUUUGGAUCAAUGAGGCUUUAAAAAAAAAUAGAAUAGAAAACCACUGAAAUUGAUUUUUAAAUUAAGAAAUCAGAUAGACUUGGAAACUUCAAUUUAAAUCCUUAGAAUUUUUCUAGAAAAAGUAAUGCAAAAUUUAUAAAGACAGUAAGCUCAUGAUUUGCAACUCUAAUAGCAGACUACUUAUUAUAAGAAUGCUUGUUUAUGAACCUAAUUUUUCUGGUUACAUAAGCUAUUGUUUGCUUAGCAGAUCCAUUGUUAUGUGGUCCAUAAUUUUUCUGCUAUUUAAUCUAGUAUAAAAAAAGUCAAAAUUAAAGUUUAGUCACAUUAUAUAGUUAUGCGUUCUAUUCACCAAAGGGAUUAAUUGGUAACCGAUUUAAUAAAAUGAGUUUGUUGAUGUUGAUUUGGCACAUAUUUUAUCCAUGUAUGAACAAGUACAUCUUUCUCUUGCCUGAUGAACUUUUGAAAAAUAAUAAAUUAAUAAAACAAAUUAGACUGUA